AUGCCAUCAUCUCUUCUCACGAAUACUGCCUCUUAUUUAGGCAUGGCUUCGGUGGGUUUACUUCUAUUACCCAUGCAAUGGACAAAUAUAAUACGUCGUAAACCUAGUUCUCCUGGAACAGAAAUUGACAUGGUUGCCAUGGGUGCAGGCCAGAAUACCAAGGAUUAUAGUUUAUUACCUGAUGACGACGAGGAUCUUGAAAAUGAUCAUGAUGUUAUCGAUCGCUCUGUUAAUGAAACACAACAUGACGUAAACUAUAAAUCGAUUAUUAGGAUCUCAUCAUUGGACGUAUGCGCCAACUUUUUAUUAACAAUUGGAUUUUUUUAUAUUGGGAGUGGAAUGUUUCAAGUGAUUUAUAGUUCAGUUGUUGUAUGGUGCGCGAUACUCUCUUUCUUUUUCCUUCAACGAAAAAUUUCGUUGGUGCAAUGGUUUUGUAUUAUUGGUGUAUCUUUUGGAUUGGGUAUCAGUGCAGUUGGUAUCGAAAGUAGUGAUCAAGGAGAACAUAAAGCUCCACCACCGACUACGACAACAUCUGGACCAGUAUUACUUCAUUCAUUUAAUUUAUCAUCGACUGGAUUUGGAACGAUGCUCACGUUCGUCGCCACAUUUUUAUAUUCUUGCGUCUACGUAUUAUCCGACAAGAUUCUAUCAACCAAAAAUCAUCCAAACAUAAAUCCACCAUCACCGGAAAAAACAUGUUUUCUUGUUGGAAGUUGCUGCAGUUCGUUCUCGUUAGUCUAUCUACUUGUUUACACAAUUCCGAAUUGGGACAAACUGGUGAUGCAAGAAAUGAUCACGAAAAAAUCGGAUAUUACAACGCCGGUGAUUAUCAUAAUUUAUAUACUUUUGAUUUUUGCCGCUUUUAUUCAUAAUUUCGCGUAUUUUUCUCUGAUGCAAUCCACCGGGAAUAUUUCGACGGGGUUAUUGAAUUCGCUGAGAGCGAUUGUGGUGUUUGGAUUAAGUCAUUUGUUGUUUUGUAAGAUUGAUCCAGGUCAAUGUUUUAAUAUUUGGAAAGGGUGGAGCGCGUUAGUUGUUAUUGGGUGUGUUACUGUGUUCUCAGUAAGUAAAGCGAGAGAGAAGUGA